AUGAUGGGACAUCUGGAAAAAGGAAGGGACAUGAGGAGCAAGAUGUCGGGAGCCAAACUACUUCACCAACUCAGCCCACGCCGAGAGAAGAGGUUCAAGGGGGUCUCAUCCGACAUCGAGGACCAGGAUCAAUUACCGAGUCAUCCGACAACGGAGACAAGGGGAGGCCUGGACAUCACGAGACGUCACCUCGGAGGAAUCUUCUACCCUCAAGAUCAUCUCAUCGAGAGUGCUGGGGAGGGGGGAGGUGGAGGACAGGAGGAGACAGACAACGUAGCCGGCGGACGAGAUGAUGACCAGAGCCGACCUGAAAGUCGCACAGAUACUAUUACUUCCGCUACUCCAGAGAGUGAGCGUCGCAGUGUGAGUAUAGCCACGAUGUUGCCGUGGGGAGCGCACAAGGAGAGAUCUCCGCAGUUAACCUCUCUCAACAUGGACAUGGACAUAAGGCCGGGGGAGUUUGUAAUGCGCACACUGUUUGCAGACUUCACACUACAAGCGGAGAAGAAAAUAGAGACUGUACUGUCUGAGCAUGAGAAGCCACUGUCCAAAGUGCUGCAGCGAGGGGAGGACCCAGUGUUUGAUCAGCUGUUGUCUGCAUUUGGUUGUGUCGCUGAACAUUGUCUACCGUCCAUGCUCAAAGCUCUGUUUGCAUGGUACGAGAGACAACUGGGAGAUUUGGGCACCAUCGAGGCAAAAAAGGUGGAGCAGAAAGGGAAAAGCGGAGACACAGCUGAGCGUAGUGAGAUCGAAGCGCUACAGGAGAGACGAGCCUUGGCUGUAGAGUUCAUCUUUUGUCUGGUGCUGAUAGACGUGUUGAAGCAACUACAGUUCCACCCUGGUCAUGAGGAUCUGGUGUCGGACAUCGAGGACGUAGCGUUCAAACACUUCAAGUACAAAGAGGGUGUCCAGAACAGCACCAACGCCAGUAAUGUUCACACAGUGGCAGAUCUGUACGCCGAGGUGAUCGGAGUCUUGGCCCACUCGCGCUUCCUCUCCGUCCGCAAGAGGUUCAUGUCCGAGUUGAAGGAUCUUAGAGCGAGAGAGCCGAGUUCAAACACUACCCAGAGCAUCAUCUCGCUGCUGAUGGGGAUGAAGUUUUUCCGCAUAAAGAUGGUCCCUAUCGAAGAGUUCGAAGCUUCGUUUCAGUUUAUGCAAGAAUGCGCACAGUAUUUCCUUGAAGUUAAAGACAAAGACAUCAAACAUGCCCUUGCUGGAUUGUUCGUAGAGAUUCUUGUUCCAGUUGCAGCGACAGUGAAAAAUGAAGUGAAUGUCCCGUGUCUCAAGAACUUCGUAGAGUCGCUGUAUUCCCAAACCCUAGACAUGUGCACCAAGUCCAAACAUCGUCUGGCGCUGUUUCCUCUGGUCACAUGUCUACUGUGUGUAUCACAGAAGACGUUCUUUCUGCAGAACUGGCACUAUUUCCUGGCCAUGUGCCUGUCACACCUGAAAAACAGGGAUCCAAAAAUGUGCCGAGUGGCUUUAGAGGCCCUGUACAGACUGCUGUGGGUGUACAUGAUCCGUAUCAAAUGUGAGAGCAACUCCGCUACCCAGUCCCGGCUGCAGAGUAUAGUCAAUAGUUUGUUCCCCAAGGGCUCCAAGGCCGUCGUACCUCGAGACACUCCGCUCAACAUAUUCGUCAAGAUUAUACAGUUUAUCGCACAAGAGAGACUAGACUUUGCCAUGAGAGAGAUAGUGUUUGACCUGUUGUCCGUGGGGCGACCGAUCAAGAUGAUCUUGACACCAGAACGCAUGUCCAUUGGUCUGAGGGCGUUCCUUGUAGUGGCCGACAGUCUGCAACAGAAGGAGGGCGAGCCUCCCAUGCCUCGCACAUCAGGCGUUCUACCCUCAGGGAACACACUGCGCGUCAAGAAGACGUUCCUCAACAAGAUGCUGACGGAGGACACAGCACGUAGUAUUGGCAUGUCAGCGUACUUCCCUCACGUCAGACGAGUGUUUGUGGAUAUUCUGAGAGCUCUUGACGUCCACUACGGCCGUCCACUCAUGAUGACUAGCACACAGAAUGUGAACAAGGAGCCAGACGAGAUGAUCACUGGGGAGCGCAAGCCGCGCAUCGACCUGUUCCGCACAUGCGUGGCCGCUGUGCCUAGACUGAUCCCCGAGGGCAUCACUGGCGCAGAGCUGGUGGACCUGUUGGCUAGACUGACGGUUCACAUGGACGAGGAGUUACGAGGUCUGGCCUACCAGAGUCUGCAAACGCUGGUCAUCGACUUCCCUGACUGGCGGCAAGACGUCAUACUGGGUUUCACUCAGUUUCUGGCGAGAGAUGUGCAGGACACUUUCACCCAGCUGUUGGACAACGGACUGCGGAUGUUGCUACAACUCAUCACCAGCUGGAAGAAUGCUCUCGGCCCAGCCAAGGACAGGACCAAGGAGCAGGAGCCUAGCAGGGCGACCAUCACACCACGCAGGCCGGACUUUGCCUUGAGGGAGCAGUCGGCUUGCAGUGUGUUUCACCAGGUGGAAGGGUUUGCUCUGGUCAUGUUGUGUCACAACAGACUGUGUCCACGCAGACUGGCCGUGCACAUACUGAGAGAGGUGAAGACACUCAUCAAAGCUUUUGGCGCUAUGGAGGACGACCAGCCUGUGAUUGAUGUGAUAGACCGUUGCUGUCCCCAAGUGGUAGAGUCUUGUCUACCAUUGCUGCCACCAGCUGAGAAGGCAGCCGUGUUGUCAGUGUCUACUGUGGAUCUGCAGUGGAUCGCAGACAGAACGUCUUCUGUAUGGACUGGAGGUCUAGCAGACGAGAACAGUUCCAAGUCCUCAGGUAGCAGUUUGGCCAGUGUGGCCAGUGACCCGUGGGCCAUCUGUCUGUUUGGGUUCCUAGAGCGAGGUCGAGUACUGAAUCUCUGUCCGGCCGCAGUGUCUCACUCGUGGCCGACCGUGUACUCGAGGCUGCACUCACUGUUCACUGUCAUCGACCCAACGCCUGUAAGUGACAACAGAGCGUCUCUUCUGCGUAGUUCUGCGCCGCCUCGUAAGCCCAUUACUGAGAGAGACAUGCACCUGGUGGUUUGGCGCAACUACGUGACGUUUGCCAUGAGAGUGGUGCCUCCGGCGCCGAGUCCCAUCAUCCGGUGCGCUUCUCCGGACCUCAGCCUCAGUUUGCCCUCAGGUCGUAUAUCAUCAAGUCUCUCGGACGACGAAUCGUUUUCUGAUACACUUUCCAUUAACUGUGUCCCCACCCCUCCACCUAAACGACACAAGCGAAGCAGUUCAUCUCCAGACAGUCUGACAGAACGCACAGACAGCAGGGCUGCCAACCCUUCGCCCAGUGGUUUGUACAAGCUGGUGGUACCACUGCUGAGAUGUGAGGUGGCCGAUGUCAGAGACGCUGCCGUGCACGCCCUCGGCAAAGUCAACUCUGACGCACUCAAAGAUCUGAUGGAAGAGCUGGUGGUGUAUAUAAGAGAGGCAGUGGACAGGAAGCAGGAGAAUAUGAGGCGCAGACGACGAAGAGACGCUCUCAGACUACAGCUGGUGAAAGUGUUUGAGCUCAUCGCCGGCUACGGCACGUUUGGUAUCAGCUCUUGUGUGUUGGAGCGAGACUCGCAAUCGCUCCACCCGACCAUCGUGGAGUAUGUAGACGGAGCAAGACUCUGUCUGGAGGCGGAACCGGACAAAGAAGCUCUCAAAGACAUCAAGCUUCACUUCUGCAAUUUCAUCCGGAAAAUGCUCAAGAGCUUUCAAUUGGAGACCUACCCGACACUACUGAAGCGAGACUUGCGUCGCAACUUGUUCAUCCUCUUCGCAGGAUGGAGCGGCAGCUUUGGCCGGUCGUUGGCCUCCGCACUGACAGGGACGGGGGCUCUGCCAGCCCCACCAGCACCACCCCUCCCUGAGGUACCUGAUGAUGAGGAACCGCAGUUCUGUGCUCUGCAAGCCAUGAGUGCCGUGCUGUGCUGCGGUCCGUGCUUUGAACCUUCAGCUCUGGCAGAGGAUGGGUGUUUAUACCCGUGGUUGGACUCUCUGCUCGCUUCUACUGAUGAUAAGAUUUACAAGCUAACAUGUGACACUGUGGUGCUCUUGUUAGAAUGCAACCCAGACAUGGGUUCGUUGCUAGAUUGGGUUGUGGACCGUUGCUACACUGCCAAAGCUAAGGUUGCUGACGGUUGCUUUCUGGCCCUGGCUACCAUCUUUAGUGCGCGAGAGUACCCGUGUGAUCAUUACACAGCCAUCAUCAACGUGACUCUGAUGAACACAGGGUGUCCCAGAACCCAAGUACAUGAAACUGCGCUACAGCUGCUGCAGGUGUUGGACAAACGGUUCUUCGGCGCCGUGGGACCGUUACCUGCCGAAGGCGACACUGGUGAGUCCACUUUGCGUCUGAGAUCCUAA